CGAUCGGUUAUAAUCAAAAAUUUCCACUGUAGUAAUUUGUGUGAUAAGCACAAUUUGAGUUUGGGGAGAACAUUUAUCAUUAAUCUAACAGAACAGAGAAGAAAUGCAUCUGCGUUGCUGUUAUCAGUAACGAUACGAGCGUAAUAACAUUGUCUACGUGUGUGGCACACUUUAGCUUUGUAUUUCGCAAAAGAAAACAAUGUCAACAACAAGGUCAUUCAUCCGUCCGCUCUUCGGCCGCAGCGAGCAAAGAAGUAGUGGUAGAUUUCGGUUUAAUAAAACCUUUAUUUCAGUCGACUCGGGCUGUGCAUUCGCGAGGUGUAGUGUGUGGUAGAAUAACGUAAGCAAUUAACGCAGUCACGAAAAUGAUGCUGUCCAAAACAUUUGCACCACGAACGAUCGCUGGAAUCGCGUGCAGGGCCUACUCUGCCGACGCGAAUAGGAACUAUGACAUCGUAGUAGUUGGUGGAGGUAUUGUCGGUACGGCAUCGGCCCGUGAAAUUUUGCUGCGACAUCCGACGCUACGGAUCGCGAUCGUGGAGAAAGAAGCGAAACUGGCCUUUCACCAGAGCGGUCACAACAGUGGCGUUAUCCAUGCGGGCAUUUACUACAAACCGGGCUCGCUCAAGGCGAAGCUGUGCGUGGAGGGAUUGCAUUUAAGCUACAAGUAUCUGGACGAAAAGAACAUACCCUACAAGAAAGUUGGCAAGCUGAUUGUGGCCACAAAUGCGGUUGAAGUGGAGCGAUUGAAUGACCUGUACCAGCGCUCGCUGGCCAACAAUGUGCCCGAUGUGCAGAUGGUCGAUCAGGCCAAGAUCAAAGAGAUCGAACCAUAUUGCGAGGGCCUGAAAGCGAUCUGGUCCCCGCACACGGGCAUCGUCGAUUGGGGCCUUGUGACGCAGUACUAUUCGCGCGAUUUUAAAGCUGCCGGAGGAGAUGUGUACGUAAAUUUUAAGGUGUCCAAAUUUACCGAGGCACCGGACAAUGUGGACUAUCCGAUCGUGGUGCGCAGCGAGAAAGGCGAUGAGAUCCGGGCCCGCAACAUACUGACCUGUGGCGGGCUGCAGUCUGAUAAGCUGGCGGAGAUGACGGGCUGUCCGUCGGUGCCGAAAAUCGUUCCAUUCCGAGGCGAGUAUCUGCUGCUCAACAAGGACAAGUGCCAUAUGGUGCGGGGAAACAUCUACCCCGUGCCCGAUCCGCGAUUUCCGUUCCUCGGUGUACACUUUACGCCCCGCAUGGACGGUAGUGUGUGGUUGGGUCCGAAUGCUGUGCUCGCCUUCCGUCGGGAAGGAUACAAGUGGUCUGACAUUAAUUUGCUGGAACUGAUCGACGCGCUGCGUUUUCCGGGAUUCAUCAAAAUGGCCUCGAAAUUUGUCGGCGCCGGCAUGAUGGAGAUUGCCCGGUCGGCGCUGAUACCGUUGCAGGUACGUGAGUUACAAAAGUUUAUACCGGACAUUCACGAGUACGAUGUGUCGCGUGGGCCGGCCGGUGUCCGAGCGCAAGCACUCGAUAACGAUGGUAAUUUAGUGGACGAUUUUGUGUUUGAUCAUGGGAAAGGCAAUUCAGCGCUUUCGAAAAACAUUCUUCACUGCCGCAAUGCUCCGUCGCCUGGGGCAACGAGCUCGCUUUCGAUUGCUAAAAUGAUUGCCGAUAAAAUCGAGCAAGAGUUUCACAUUGGCAAGUGAGCAAGUGUGCAGGAUGACGUUAAAGGACGAUACUCUGUUACUCUGUUUGUUGUUAUUCGUUGCUAAUGGGGUGGAAUCAUAUUCCACCCAAUUGUUGUCACAAUUUAUUUUACGAAAGUGAUUACACCCGCGCGUGUACAUUAUAGUGUUGCUGCUGGUCCGUUACAGUUUUCCGCAUCCUUACAAAAGUAAGCACACGGGAACAUGCACAUAGAACAAAAAAAAAAAUCUAAAUAAAAACCGAACCGCAAUCUAGCGCAAGCGUAACGUAUGGAGAAGGAGUUACA